CUCACUUUAUCUUUGUUGCUUAAUCCUCUCCCACCCAAGUUUUCCUCUGCUUUCUCUCGUUUUUUUUAUUCUAUCCAAUCCUAAAAUUCAGAUUCAGAAUAUAAAUAAUAACAUCGCUACUCUUGAAUCACGCAUACAGAUCGAUAAAGAUAUUCUCUUUUCACUUGUUACCUUGUCAUUUCUUCAUUGGGUCAAUCCAGUCGGAUCUCAAUUCUCAUCAGACGAGACACUAGUGUAGAGAGCUCAAUUCCUGUGUCAUUCAUCGCCUCUCGUUGUUUGCUUAUUGUGGAAUUUACUACUUCUCUGUCUUUUCGGGUGAAUUCUCUAUGUCUCGGAUUUUCUCUAGAUGGAAGAACGUGAAAGAGAUGGCGAUGAUUUCUUCUGCAGAGACUCAGUUCGCUGUUUCUGCAAGAAGUGGUCAUAAAUGGACGAGCUUCAAUUUUCGACUCAAUCAGGUUUGCCCAAUCUCGACUCACUUAAACUAUUUUCCCAUCGCCACCCCUAGACGACGGGAAUCCUUCAUCAACGUUCAGGAGCGGUACAAGUGGGAUCACGGUGGCUCCGGCGAUACUCGCCAUCGGAAUUCCCAGGCCCGAAAGAUUCGAGCCGAUGCUAAUUGCCCACGGUGCGCCAGGAACAUGGAUGUAUUUUUCUCCAAUCGCCAUUUUCCCAGUUCUACUUCUGAUUCCAAUUUGAUUCCUUCGGUUCCUCUUCAUGAAGAAGGAGGUUAUCAAACUAUGAAUCUCUGCCCCAAUUGUAAAACAGCUUAUUUCUUCCGCCCUUUUGAAACUGCUCCUAUCCAAGGGACAUUUGUGGAGAUUGGUCGGGUCUUAGAUAAUAAAGUUAAUAAUACUAGUAGUAAAUUGCAGAAGAGGAUAUCCAAUGGCAAAGUCAAAGAUGACAGAGAAACUAAUAAUAGCCAUGGCAGUAGUAACGGUUUGGCAGAAGAUUAUGGCCAUAGAAGUAACAGCAAAUGGCUUAGAGCGACAUUCUGGCAUACCUUACGAUCCUAUAGUGAUGGAGAUGGUGGAGAACCGCCAGAAACUUGGUCUCCCCCACCUGGUUCUUCUAAUGGGAAUGGGAUUGCUGUGCAUACUCCUCCAGGUCCGCCUUUUGCACCUGGUGUUAAUGUUGUUCGGGCUUCAGGACCACGGGAGGGUGGUUCAAGUGGUGGAGGUGGCGGUAAUGGCGAAAAGACAACAUGGGGAGGGUCCAAUUUGGGUAAGGAUUUACCCACACCAAAGGAGAUCUGCAAGGGUCUCGAUAAGUUUGUUAUUGGCCAGGACAGAGCCAAAAAGGUGCUUUCUGUAGCUGUGUAUAAUCACUAUAAAAGAAUACACCAUGCCUCGUUACAGAAAGGGUCAGGGGCAGAUUCAGCAGCAAAUCCAAAAGCUCUAGAUGAUGAUGAUGAUAAUGUGGAGCUAGACAAGAGUAAUGUUCUCCUGAUGGGUCCAACAGGGUCAGGGAAGACAUUGCUGGCAAAAACUCUAGCUCGAUUUGUGAACGUUCCAUUUGUCAUUGCUGAUGCAACAACCUUAACACAGGCUGGUUAUGUGGGAGAAGAUGUCGAAUCAAUAUUGUAUAAACUACUCGUGGCAGCUGAGUUCAAUGUUCAAGCCGCUCAGCAAGGGAUAGUUUACAUUGACGAAGUUGACAAGAUAACUAAGAAGGCUGAAAGCUUAAAUAUUAGUCGGGAUGUUUCUGGCGAGGGUGUUCAGCAGGCACUACUGAAAAUGUUGGAAGGAACAAUAGUGAAUGUUCCGGAAAAAGGUGCAAGGAAGCAUCCACGGGGUGAUAACAUACAGAUUGACACAAAGGAUAUUCUUUUUAUAUGUGGCGGAGCAUUCGUUGAUCUUGAAAAAACAAUAUCAGAGAGACGACAAGAUUCUUCUAUUGGUUUUGGAGCUCCAGUUCGAGCAAAUAUGAGAACCAAUAAAGUAAUAAAUAUUGAAAUAACAUCAGCAUUACUUGAGUCGGUGGAGAGUUCUGAUCUUAUUGCAUAUGGUCUCAUACCUGAGUUUAUUGGACGGUUUCCGAUCCUAGUUAGUUUAUCCGCCUUAACAGAAGAUCAACUUGUGCAGGUCCUCACAGAGCCAAAGAAUGCUCUUGGUAAGCAGUACAAGAAAUUAAUUGGAAUGAAUAAUGUUAAGCUUCAUUUCACGGAGAAGGCACUGAGAUUGAUUGCACAGAAAGCAAUGGCCAAGAACACUGGCGCCAGGGGUUUAAGAGCUAUACUGGAAAGCAUCCUAACUGAUGCCAUGUUUGAGAUUCCAGAUGUUAAGACUGGAAGUGAUCGGAUUGAUGCAGUAGUUAUCAAUGAAGAGUCAGUGGGAUCAGUAGAUGCUCCAGGAUGUGGUGGCAAAAUUCUUCGUGGUCGUGGUGCUUUGGAGGCUUACCUUGCAAAGAUGAAGGACUCAGUGAUCAACGGUGAGGUAGCGGAAACAGAUGUACAAGAUGGGGAAACGGAGAGAGCCAUGAGCAUGUGAAGAUGAUAUAUUUAUGCUAGUGAAGAAGUAUAAAUAAUUUAUCUAGUCAUUGUUGUUAUCUUGUAAAGAUCACAGACAUAAUUUGCUGUAAUUAUUCCUUGCAUGACAGCAUAGCUUCUUUCGAGUUUCUUGGAUAGGAAGGAAAUAGAAAGGUAAGAAAGAUGUACCAUUGCUAACUUAGCCAGCACUUCACACCACCAAAGAAAAAAAAAGCACAGUUAAGGAGGUCUAAGCAAAUAAUAUUUUUCCCCUUUCCUUUUUUCACUAUGUAUGUAGCUGUCUGUUGAUAAACGUCAACCAAUAUUUCACCGGCAACUUGGAUGGGCAA